UUUUUCCCAUAAAACCUCAGGUUACUGGUUUCUCCACUGUAGCAUUCAGUUGGAGUGUGUCUCGUGUGUGAGAGGAGAUUUCGUAUUCACAGUGUGUGUUUGAGAGAGAGAGUAGAUUUCUCUGAUUUUGUCAGUCGACAUGGAUCGUCUGGACAGAAGGCUGGCAGUGACUCUUUUGCUCUUCUCAUUCAUCUCGUUCUCCACUCAGAAAGCCUCAAUCUCCUGGUGUGUGGUGUCGGAGGCAGAGGAGCAGAAGUGUCUGGAUCUGGCUGGGAGUGCUACAGCCCGGAAUAUCAGAGGAACGCUGCUGUGCGUCCGUGGCCAGAGUCCCACAGACUGUAUGGAGAAGAUCAAGAAUGGUACAGCGGAUGCAGCAGCCAUGUUUGCUGAUGACAUCUACACAGCCGGCUGGUGCUUUGGACUAGAACUGGCUGCUGGAGAGUCUUACAACGGACUGGAUGGUAUCAGCUACUAUGUUGUAGCUCUGGCUCGUCGCUCCUCCAGUGACCUGUCCCUGUUGGAGAUGCAUGAACGCAGCUCCUGUCACCCAGGGAUCCGUACCACGGUGGGCUGGACUGUUCCUAUUGGCUUCCUGGUCAACACCUCACAGAUCAGUGUCGAUGAACAAUGCAACUUUCCUAAAGCGGUGGGGGACUUCUUUGGCUACAGCUGUGUACCAGGAGUAAAGGACAGAGAACACGACCCCAGAGGAAGCAACCCUAAGAACCUGUGUGAAGCCUGCAUAGGAGACGACAACGAGAGACAUAUAUGUGUUAACAAUCACCGAGAGAGACACUAUGGAGAGGCUGGGGCACUGAGGUGUGUGGCUGAGAAUUUGGGCGAUGUGGCAUUUGUCAAACACACCACCAUUUUUGACAACAUGGAUGGCAACAAUAUGGAAUCAUGGGCCAUGGACCUGGAACUGGAGGACCUGAAGCUGCUGUGCCCGGAUGGCAGUGAGGCUGGGCCGUUUGACCAUGAGACGUGUCACCUGGCUGUGGUACCAGCUAACGCUGUGGUGGUACGCCUAGAGGACAAGUGUAGAGUCUGGAAAUACCUGGAACGCUUACAGAAUGCGUUUGGGAACACCACCAUGUUCAGCUCAGUGGGCUACACUCAAUCAGAUCUCCUGUUUUCUGACUCCACCCACCACCUGCUCAGGGUUGUGGGUAGUUACACUUCCUGGUUGGGUCCCUCAUACACCACGGUCCUGCAGGCCUUCGAGUGUGAAAGUUUGUGCUGAUCCUUCUAGAAAGAAAUCAACCAGCAUCCUCUCCACCUCUCCCCUCACUAUCUCUCCACCUCUUUCUUUCCCUCCCUCCAUAUCGUAUCCUCCCUCCCUCCAUACCCACCUCCCUUCCUUCCUCCAUCCUCCCCUCCCUCCCUAUACCCUCCCUCCCUCCCUCUGUGUGAUGAUAUGGUAGAUAUUCGGAGUGUUUCUUUGCUCCCACACAGUUCCAGUAGUCACUUAUCCUCCUAUAAAAAAUAUCAAUGUCAUUAACUCACUGAAUCACAAUCUCUCUCUGUGUGUGUGUGUGUGUGUGUGUGUGUGUGUGUGUGUGUGUGUGUGUGUGUGUGUGUGUGUGUGUGUGUGUGUGCGUGCGUGCGUGCGUGCGUGCGUGCGUGCGUGCGUGCGUGCGUGCGUGCGUGCGUGCGUGCGUGCGUGCGUGCGUGCGUGCGUGCGUGCGUGCGUGCGUGCGUGCGUGCACCCAUGGUUCACUGCGUUCCCACGGUUGGUAUAGCAGACCACCAUGCUAGUCACUCUACACCUGACAGAGAGGGGAUUACAGCUAUAAAUCGCCACCAGACACUGAUCUAAGGUCAGGUUAAUGUUUUGAUGGUUAAUGUUCCAUUUUGGGAAGGUAAGCUGAUCCUAGAUCUGUGCUAAAAUAGGAACUUCUACCCAGAGCAGUAAUCCAUGACACUCUAUACACAGCAAUUCAAAACAAAUGCUGACUCACACUGCAUUAAACCAUGUAUUCAGAGCGUUUUGAUUGACCUUGAAGGUGCUGAAAUAUUGGUGAUAAUACGUGUGAUAAGAUGUUUGAAGCCACUGAAAUUAUGUUUGUACUGUAAAUCACUGCCACCAUUGAAUGAACAGGAAUUACCAUUUUUUUCUAUCAUUUCUUCUGGAGAAUGUUCUCUCUAUCAAAACAAUUCCUUAUGACCUCUAUAUUUUGUUAAUGUUGUACCCGUAGAGUAACUCACUCUACGGAGGUAUAUUGGUGCUGUGACACUACAGUAUUUUCUGUCUGUCUUCAGGAUUUAAAUUGUUCUAAAGAGACCUGUGUGUAAAUACUCUUCACCUGCUUGUAUUUGUAGUUCUGCAACCUCUUUAAAUAUAUUAAAGAAAUGAUGACAAAAUGUU